AUGCCAUUGCCCGCGCUGCAGGAUGGCAGCGGUCUCUCUGCCAGUCGAACUGGGGUGAAUGUUGUGUGUGACGCUGCUUGCUUGAGCACGAAUGAAGUCGCAGCUCUUGCAAUGGUGCCUGCUGGCGAAGAGUUUGUCAGCCCAGCGCGCAGAUUCUGCCAUGUAGCACUGCUGGAUGUGGCGCUCGGGGAACUGCCAGGCAUUAUCUUCCUUACCUGGUCGCCGAAUCCUGCUGCGCUUCGUGACUCUCUGGUGGGUUCUUUGCCAGCGAAGAAGGUCAGCCGGUCGCUGAGUGACGCAGUCAUGCAGCUGCAGGUGCUUCUCCAAGCUCUGCCUGUCGGGGUCGACUGCGGCGAUCUGUUGGCCUGUGCACUGUGCAGUGGAGGCCAAUGA